AUCGCCCAACACAACACCAUGCACGAUCGCACGAAAAUCGAGUCAACGAUCUUACAUACACGCAUCGCGCACGUGCACAGACAGACGCUGCUGCUUGAAUGCCGCCGGUAACGCCUGACCUUCUAUUUAAUUUCCGAUCCCAGUGUUACAAGUAAGCGUAUCUAUAGGUAAGGUAAAACGGUAAGUAGCUUAAUGGUGCAGUAAUAGUUUGACAGCCAAAAUGGAUAUAAUGAUAGACAGAGAGGAAACAGAAAAAUAUCCAGUUCCACGUUUGCAAGAUUUAUUGGAUUUGGAUCCUUAUCUUAAUGAUUUUAAAGGCGAUAUCAAGAGGAGAUAUGCAGUGUUUCAAAAAACGAAGGAUGCAUUAGAAAAAGCUGAAGGAUUGAGGAACUUUAUAACUGGACAUCGAACAUUUGGCAUUCAUCAAAUGCCAGAUGGAAGUAUUGAAUGUCAAGAAUGGGCUCCUGGUGCAAAAGCUGUUUAUCUUCGUGGAGAAUUCAAUGAUUGGAAUUUACAAUCCCAUCCUUUUGUAAAAUCUGAACAUGGGAAAUGGAAACUUCAUAUUCCUGCAAAUGGUGAUGGGCAUUGUCCAAUACGUCACCUCAGCGAAAUCAAACUUGUUAUAGAAACACAUCAUGGGGAAUUUCUAGAUCGUAUAUCACCCUGGGCAACAUAUGUUGUAAAACCUCCAAAACAUGAAGGUGUAACAUACAAAUGGUUGUUUUGGAAUCCAUCAGUAGAUCAAAAAUACAAGUUCAAACACCAAAGGCCACCCAAGCCAAAAGCGCCAAGAAUUUAUGAAGCUCAUAUAGGUAUUGCAUCACCUGAAGGGAAGGUAUCCACCUACAAGUAUUUCACAAAAGAACUUCUUCCUCGAAUCAAAUAUUUAGGUUACAAUUGCAUCCAACUUAUGGCAGUCAUGGAACAUGCUUAUUAUGCAAGUUUUGGAUAUCAAGUUACAAGCUUCUUUGCUGUUUCUAGUCGUUAUGGCAAUCCAGAAGAUCUACGAGAGCUGAUUGAUACAGCUCAUAGUAUGGGAUUGUAUGUUUUGCUUGAUAUUGUACAUAGUCAUGCAUCAAAGAACGUAUUAGAUGGACUGAAUAUGUUUGAUGGAACAGAUGCAUGUUAUUUUCAUGGUGGACCAAGAGGAACCCAUGAUCUGUGGGACAGCAGACUGUUUGAUUACACAAAGUGGGAAGUUCUGAGAUAUUUGCUAUCCAAUCUUGGAAAUUACAUGGACAAUUUCCAAUUCGAUGGAUUUCGUUUCGAUGGUGUUACAUCAAUGAUAUAUCACGACCAUGGAAUGGCUCGUGGAUUUUCAGGUGGAUACCAUGAAUAUUAUGGACUUCAUAUUGAUGUUGAAUCACUAGUGUAUUUAAUGCUUGCCAAUGAUAUGCUGCAUGACUUUUAUCCAUAUUGUAUCACAAUAGCAGAAGAUGUGUCUGGUAUGCCUGCUAUGUGUCGUCCCGUCUGUGAAGGUGGAAUUGGGUUCGAUUACAGAUUGGCUAUGGCUAUUCCAGAUAAUUGGAUUAAGCUAUUAAAAGAGCAGAAAGAUGAAGACUGGUCAAUGCAGCAUAUUACAUUUCUUCUUUCAAACAGAAGACACAAGGAAAAGUGCAUAGCAUAUGCUGAAAGCCAUGACCAGGCGCUUGUUGGUGACAAAACUUUGGCAUUUUGGUUAAUGGAUAAGGAAAUGUAUUCUCACAUGUCCACACAUAUGCCAUUAAAUCAUAUCAUUGACAGAGGUUUACGUCUUCAUAUGAUGAUUCGUCUUGUUACCCAUGGAUUGGGUGGAGAGGGAUAUCUCAAUUUUAUAGGUAAUGAAUUCGGGCAUCCGGAAUGGUUGGAUUUUCCUCGAAUUGGCAACAACGAAAGUUACCAUUAUGCCAGAAGACAAUUUAACCUGGUGGAUGAUGAUAUUCUCAGAUACAAGUUUUUAUAUCGAUUUGAUGCAGCAAUGCAAGCUGCUGAAGAAAAGUAUGGAUGGCUAUCAGCCCCACAGGGUUAUGUCAGCAGACAUCACGAAGGAGAUAAAGUGAUCGUAUUUGAAAGAGGAGGAGUUGUUUUUAUAUUUAAUUUUCACACUUCUCAAAGUUACACAGAUUAUCAGAUUGGUGUGGACGUCCCCGGAACCUAUAAAAUAGUGUUGGACACUGAUAGUAAGGAGUUCGAUGGUCAUUGCAGAAACGAUCACAGCGUUAAAUUUUUCACCAUGAAUCAACAACAUUUUGAUAACCGGCAGAAUUCUAUGAAGAUCUAUAUGCCUUGUCGAUGUGCCAUGGUACUUGCGCUGGAUGAGUAGCGGAUCACUUCCAACAAAGGUAUUGGUUCACUUUUCACAUGCAGUACACAGAGCCAAUAUCAUAUAAAGCACUUAUAUCAAUAGUAAAUGUAUUCAUCGCAAGAUUAUGGUGCAUGGUUUUCUCAUAUAUGCUUUAUAAUGUGGGUGUUAUUAAAACUUAUCUGAUGGCAA